AUGUCUCAAUACAAUAUCAAUCCAAGGUGUCUACCUUCAACGCCUCCUCCAUCAAUGACUGGCAACCCAAACUUCAACGGACAUUCACCCUUCCAGGCUUCCGGAUCGCGACCUCAGAGUGUUGUAUCGUCUCGCUCAUAUCCGGGGAUUGAGUCCGCUCUUGAGAGAACAAAUAAUGGGAAUCCACGAGUGGAUGCUAGUAGUAUAAUUCCUGUUGUCCAUAAUUACUGUGCCUGGAUGGGAAAUGUGAUGGUUGAGUUCAUUAUUAGAAUCGUCACUCCGAAGGAUUCCAGAGAUAGCGCUGUAACUUUGACCUGCCAAGCAGGAGGUGUGGAAAGGAUCAUGGGUGAACCUCAGAUCGUCCAACUCGAUACCAAUCCUACUCAGGCCAAUUUUAUAAUCUAUGUCAUCCCGCGCGAAUCAAUUCCCCUCAACUCUCUGUUCAAGUUCCGAGUGUGGCUAUCAUCACCGGAAUUUCAGGUGCGCCUGUGGGCUGAAGAUGAGUUCUGGAUUGGCGCGCAGCUCCCAUUUCCUUCCAUCCCUGGGGCGCAUUUGGCACGACUAACCCACGCUUCACCAUUGUUUCACACUUAUCAUGGAACGGUCGGAGCUGCAUCUCUAGUAUACACUGUCUGCAUCGACCGAGUUCCCUAUGCGCCCACUCGGGAUGAGUACCUGAUCACUCUGCGAUAUUCUGCUGGUGGAAUCGGGCGUGAACUAUGCAGUAACAUACGUCUAAGGCUCAGCUGUAGUCUCGAGGAAAUAUCCUUCAUAAUUUAUUCAAUACGUCAGAACUCUGAGCCCAAAAAGGGCCGACACAAAUUUAGACUUUGGGUUCGGUCAGCUAAUGGAGGUAUAUGUCAGCGGCUGUGGGCAGGCGAUGAUCUGUGCAUGGGAAAGGACCUCGAGUUCCAAGCGGUACAACAAGGGACCGUCAUCUUUGCUCAACGGGGAACGGUUACAUCAUCCACGGCGAGAGCAGACCCCUUUUCAGAGCCUUCCGACCUUCCUGCAUAUUCUCCGAAUCCACUUGCGGAUGAGUACCAAUAG